AAGUGUUUUCUCUAUUACGUACGCCAACAUUUUCUUCCCUAAAAACUUGUUUAUGUUGUGGUAUUCCUGUGCUUGUCGCCCGUUCUUUCGUUCUCAAUUUCACUUAAAAAGGUACUCAUAUGGUGCUUGUUCACGUUUUGAAUAGUCUGUCGUCACCAGACACAUCUUGAGAAUGGAGGCUGGCAAAGCUAGUUCAACCAAUACUAGGAGUACAGAAUUUAUUACGAAAUCGCUUUUAGCAGGAGGUGUGGCAGGUAUGUUUUCGAAAACAACUGUUGCCCCUCUUGAUCGGGUAAAAAUUCUUCUUCAGGCUCAUAACCGGCACUACAAGCAGCAUGGGGUGUUUUCUGGACUUGUCAAAAUAGUCAAAUUUGAGAAUCUGUGGGCUCUGUACAAAGGAAAUGGGGCCCAGAUGGUCAGAAUUUUUCCCUAUGCUGCCACACAGUUCACCUCCUAUGAAGUUUACAAGCCUAUAAUUGGAAAUUUGAUGGGUCAACAUCACUUUUCAAAAUUUGUAUCUGGCUCUGCAGCAGGCAUUACUGCUGUGCUACUCACUUAUCCACUUGACACAAUUCGGGCAAGACUUGCCUUCCAAAUAACUGGUGAGCACAAAUACUCUGGAAUCACACAUACCGCUAUCACCAUGUUCAAAGAGGAAGGUGGGAGCAGAGCUUUAUACCGUGGUUUCACACCCACAGUUCUUGGCAUGAUACCAUAUGCAGGAUUGUCAUUUUACUGCUUCGAGGGACUCAAAUAUUGUUGCAUGAAGCACAUCCCUCAGUGGACAUGUGAGCCUUGUCCAAUCAAUUCUGGUGGUCUUGUUCUGAAACUGUCUGCUAAGUUGCUAUGCGGAGGAUUCGCUGGUGCCAUCGCCCAGAGCUUUGCAUAUCCAUUUGACGUGACAAGGAGGAGGAUGCAACUAGCGCAAAUGACUCCCGACAAACAUCGCUGGAGAGGACUCGGUAUGUUUGGAACUCUAACUCAAAUCUAUAAGCAAGAAGGCAUAGCAUAUGGGCUGUACAGAGGAAUGUCCAUUAAUUAUUUGCGUGCUAUCCCCAUGGUUGCUGUUUCUUUCACAACUUACGAGCUUAUGAAGCAAACGCUCAAAUUAGAUACGGGUAUCAAGAUAGAGUGAUAUGGAUGUUUUCGUCGUAAAAGUCGUUCAAUCCCCGCUAACCGGACGUGGCGCUGAUUUAGGAUUUGAACUGUUUCUUUCCGAUAAAUCAAAUAAGUAUGAUAGCCCAUAAAUGCCAAUGCCAUGGAAUUGUUAAAUUUGUAGACAAAUUGUUCAUUAAGUCCCAAGUGGUAUGCAAUUUCCCAUCCAGAAAUUGCCAUCCUAAUUGCAAUGCAUUUGACAAUGAACAAACAUGCUAUGUUUGCUCAAAAGUUUCCAGUGUAGAAAAAAACGUGUACAGUAAUUGAAAUAGCUUAUUAUAGACUAUUCUUUUUA